AUUCACGGGAAGCUGGGAGAACGAAUAGUAAAAGUUUUCUCCCACCGAGGACCUUCGCGCCUUCCUUCCCACUCUUCCUCCUCCGCUUUCCCAAUACCCCCCCCCACUUUCUUCUCGGAAAGCCGUUCCCCAUUAAGGGUGGGGAACCCGAGAAGUGCCAGACGGAAGUUGGAAUUCUCUACCAUUUGUCGUUUCCCCGACGCGUGUUCAACUGGGGUAACGUAGGAACGGAGCAAAGCGGACCUGGCAAGGGUCUCCUCCACCUCUCCCUUCUCCACGGGAGCAUCUUUUACGCGCGCCCCCCCGCCGACUGGAGACGACAACAAUAAAGAGUGGAGGAAGAUAUCCAGAUUAGGAAAUUCUGAAUUCUCCAUUACAUCAGCUACCACCAAACCAGACUAUAUUCAGCAGAAGAACCAAAAUUUGAACUUUAAGCAACAAAUUUAAAUAACCAGGUUCAAGAGUUCUUUUAAUGUGAAACUCAAGAGUGUUGUGCUUUGGAAGGUUCGAGGGUCCAAGAGCUCCGUGAACCAGAAUCACAGAAGGACAACUUGUCAACCCCAUGCUGAGAACUUCGUCAUUUCAAAUCACAUAAUAUUUUUGGAACUGGGUUAACAGAUGGACCGUUGGAUAUUCCCCGUACUUCUCUUCAUACCGUUAUGUCUUGGUCUGCUUCAGAAUCAAGACAAUCAGGUGUUUGAACCAAGAAACCUUAGGAUUUAUUCAAAUAAUUCUCUUCAGCAACUGCUACUGGAAUGGGAUGUUAGUGAUGACUCUGAAGCAUAUAAUUCCAAAAUAGAAAUUGUUUUUAACAUCCAAAUUCGUUUAAGAGAAGAAGACAAAAGAAUUAUUUUGAAUGUGAAUUACACAACAGUUCUCAAUAAAUCAAGGCAACAUCACCAAUGGAGUUUUAUCUCUGAGGUACCCUUGCAAUGUGCAACUCAUGAAGCCAGAAUAAGGAGCAGAAUGACAUCUUCUAAAAUUUGGAGUAACUGGACUGAUUGGGUAGCAGCAAAUGGCCCAGAUGCUCUCAGUAAUGAAAAAAAUCACAUCUUUCCUGAGGAAAAAGUAUUUGAGCGAGGUUCCAACAUCACAUUUUGCUGCAUUGCGAAGAAAAAUAAAAUUGUAGCUACUUAUACAUUUUACAAGGAACACAACAAGACAAACCAGCAACGAAUAUUUUUUACUAGAAAGCCUGACUCUUCAUUCCCUCGUCGCUUUCAACUCACUUGUGGUUUUAAUGGCAGUAUAAAUCCAUCACAAACUUAUCUCUACCUCAACAGGCAGCCUGAUAAACCCCAACAUCUGAGCUGUGAAACUGAAGACAUGAUUAAUAUUAGAUGUACUUGGAAUCCUGGAUGUGUAGAGAAAACUGAUUACUUUGAGGAAGUCUGUCCAAUGGAGUUUAUUCUGUCUGAUGUCUCUUCUACAAAAAUAUAUUGCAGUACAAAGUUCCAAAAGAGUUGUUCAUUCAAGAGGGACGACCAAUUCCUAUACAAUGUAAGGUUAACCUCCAGAAAUUGCCUUGGACAGAAACAUGAGCAGCUUAGUUUUAAUGUAAUGCACACAGUUCGUCCUGUAAUUAUCGGUAAACCAUCAGUGGAUCAUCUAAAUGCUACUUUCAUUCAGUUAUCUUGGCAGAUAAAAUCAAUAAAUGCAAGCCUAUCAUUUCUAUGCCAGAUCAAUGUUGGUGAGAAUAAGUACAAUAUCACAGCGCAGUCCGAUUCGGAUUCCCAUUUCCACUUCCAACUGGGUGGACUGCAGCCUGCUACAAACUAUAUGUUUAAAGUACGCUGUGCUGCAGAUGUCAGUCCCUUCUGGAAAUGGAGUAGCUGGACAGAGAGCAUAUCUGCUGAGACCACUGAAGCUGCUCCAUCAGGAUUGCUUGAUGUCUGGAGACAUAUUAACUCAGGCUUGAAGCAACGUAAUGUAACUGUAUUCUGGAGGGAAUCCUCAGAUUUUCGUGCUAAUGGAAAGAUCCAAAAAUAUCAUCUGUCCUGGGAAAAUUUAGAGGACCCUUCAAUGCAGCGUCACAAUGACUCAGUUUCUGCAUCACAGAACUACAGAAAAAUUUCUCUUGGCAACCGUUCAUACAAAAUCCUUGUUUGGGCACAGAACAGUAUAUCUACAUCCUCUCCCUCUGUGAUCAUCAUCCCAGCAUCUGAUAAAAAUGGUAAAGUGCAUUAUAGUGAAGAGACCACAGACAACAAUGAAGAACAUAAAAUUUAUAUUUCUUGGAAGCGUCAAAGCAAGUUCAGUCAGUAUAUUGUUGACUGGUGCAACCAGCCCAUAGGUCCCUUGUGUGAUUUUCAGUGGAAGAAGUAUGGGCAAAUCAAGUCCAGUGAUCUCAUUACAUCUGAUGCCUUCAAACGUGGGGUAAGAUACACUUUUAAUGUGUAUGGAAUACAAGACGAUAGAAGUUAUUUAUUGGAAAAGAAGGCUAAAUAUCUUGAAGAAAUGGAACCACCAGACUACCUCUCAUGUAAUAUAGAGGAAAUCACUGCAAAUUCAUUAAGAGUCACUUGGGAACGAUACGAUCAAAAAUUCAGCUCUGGUUUUAUUAGAGGUUACAUGCUUUACAUGAAGAUGGAUAAUCAAAGCUGUUCAGUACAAGGAUCCCAACCAUUAAUACGUCCAGGUAAUCUGACAAUAUGCAGUUACAAAAUUGAAAAACCAAACCAGACUGAAUUCACAGUGAGACAUUUGAAACCCAAUAGAAAGUACUUCUUUGCACUUCAGGCUUAUGCUGUCAAUCCUAAUUAUACUGACAAUGUCAUCUUUAAGUCAGUGAUUACACCAGAUGAUGAAAAAUGGCUUUUCAAUCUACUUUAUCUACUACUGAUUAUCCCAUUAAUACUGAUGUGUAUGUGUUCCAGGAAAAGUAGUCGUGUAAGGAAUUGUUUGUGUCCUGCAAUACCCCAACCUAAAGUGACUCCAUUUUUCAAGAUGAGUCUUGGAAUAACAGAAAUAAAUGAUAUGAUUCCUAACCAAUUAGUCAUGCUGGAGAAGCCUCAGGAAUUCAGUCCCAAACAAUCUACUUUGGGAAUACUAUUAGAAAAUAUGUCAUACUCUCAAUCCACCUAUUACCCGGAAGUGCAGAUAGAAGAGAGAACAGACCAGAAAUUCAACUCAGGUGUCACAUCCUACAAACCUCUCCAAGACUUUGGUUUUACAAGCAGCCCCAACCCCUGCACCCCAGAAGCACCCCUCUAUUCAAAAGACAAUUUGAAUUACCUCUACCAAACGGAAGUGCUUCCCUCUAUGAUCCAGGGAACCGAUUCUUCUUGUUCUGUACAUUGGCUAGAUUACAGACCUCAGUGCAGCACAACUUCCAGAAGAAAUACAGACUAUUAGAUUAAUAUCCAUAUCAGUUAUUACUGGUAUAUUCAUUUUAGUUCGCUGUGAGCAGCUUCUAAAUAAACAGGAUUACUUGUUUGCUGGGCAUUAUAAUAUCUGAACAUCAACUAGUGAAGUUGGGAACAUUCUGUAGAGGAAAAGAUGGGACAGUCUCUUGUAUUGACUGAAGAUUCAGGCCAUUCUUGACCGAACGUGGACAUGACACACAGUAAUAAGGGGACUGCGUACUUGAAAAAGAACCUCCCUCUCACGAAUGUGAAACAAGAUAUACAGGAUUGCAUCAUUUCCAGAUGAAUAAGAAAAAACAAUGUUAAAAAAUCAUUUAACUUCAAAUGACUUGACUUCUGUCUGCAGUGAUUUAUUAACUAACCCAGGUAUCAGCAACUUGUGGCUCCGGAGCCGCAUGAAGCUCUUUGGGCCCUCUGCUGUGGGUCCCUGUUGGGUGAUCCCACCACUGGCUGGGCCUGCCCCUCGCCCUCCCCUCCCAGUCACUCCUCGCCUGGCCUGAAAAGGUAAGGACGACAGCAGGUGAUGGAGAAGCGGCUGGGGCAGAGACAGAGAGAUACAGAGAGAGUGGGAGAGAGAGACAUAGCGAGAUACAGAGAGGGAGUCAUGUGACUGGUGGAAGUGAGUGACGUCGAGUUGGCCACGCUCACCCAGAUUUUGUGGCUCCCGGUGUUUUCUGUGGGAAACGGGUCCAAAUGGCUCUCGGAAUGUUACUGAACUAACCAUUCAGUUUCUUUGCAGCUUAAUGGAAGUGGUUUGCUAUUGUUUUCUUCUGGAAAUUUUUAACUUCUGUCUGCUCUGUACCCCUGGCAUGUUCUUUUCAUCUCCCACUGAGCUACUGUUUUACUUGUUGGAGGAGAAACCAAGUAGGAGGUGCAAAAAAAAAAAGUUUCUUAUUUUCUUUUAAAAAUUUGUUCCUUUGGAGUCCAUGGAAGGGCAAAUGACAAAAGGCUACCUCCAUCAGUCUAGUUUGGGACCAAGUAUAAAACUGCGGCAAUUGUGUAAUGGAGUUAUUUAUGUGUUGUUAUUUUGGUGCAAUGGUUUGCUGGCGAUACCAAGCAAUCGAUUACGAUUUUUCCUUAUUUCCCCAUUUUGGGGAAACACACACCUAAUUUAAUAAUUGUGUAGUUAUAGAACUGACUUAUAAGAAGUAUAUGUAAAAAUUGGAGGUUGUAAUUGUGUUUGUAUUUUACUGUGUUGGAAAGAGUUGGAAGUCAACAUCUUUUUUCUUUGUUUUUGUUUUUUAUCCUGUACUCCCUUCUCUCUUUAAUCUUUAUUUUUAUUGUAUUUUAUGCUAUCAUAAACCUUAAUAAAAAUGUGAAAAAAAAUAAAAGUGUGAAUAUCUAGGGGUAGCAGUAUCACAGUUAGUAGCUGCCCAGAGAUACAUUUGAUUUCUGCAAAGCAGGAUGUGCUGGUGGGUAAGGGGCACGGAAGACCCAGAAGGGGACUGCAACUAGGCUGACAAUGGAACUGAACAACUGAGUCCUAUGGCUGCCAUGAGGUCAACCAUGCUUGACAAUGGCCUUCCUGCCUAUGACACACUGGGAUUAUCUGCCAGUUUCUGAAGGGCUCUUAUUCCCUGAUGCAUCUUGACUGGCCAAAGACAAUUGCAGUGGAAGGGGAUGAAUUGGGAUGCUAUGUCAGGAUUGCAGACAACUGAGGUGGAUUGAAUGCCUGGGUCCCUCCCGUGUGAGAGGUGGAGUGGAAUCACUCAGACUCCUCUCUGCCCUCCCAUAAGUAGAGAUUAGGUGGCUGAUCAUUUGCCCUUGGAGUGUUAUGGAGGAAAACAUGUAACAUCACUGCUCAGUUCUCAGUGACCUGGUGAAGCUUCUGGUUACAAGGCAAGAUGCUGAUGGCCACAUCUAAAAUCUUACAUGGCGCAGGGCCAGGUUAGUGAUGGGACUAUUUCUCCUGUCCCAGCAGAGCCUGCUCCAGGUCGCUUCUAUUAAGGAGAGCCAUCUUGCAGGAGCCAGGAGAGAUGCCUAUUUUGUGUUAGUGCCUGCCCUGUGGAAGAACAUUUUAUCCCCAAAACUGUUUGCCUUCUAUAAGAUGUCAAAGACCUCACUUUUAAACUUGGUGGUUAACUGCUUGUAAUAUAUUUGUGUGUAAAAAUGGAGGACAUUUAUUUGUGUCUUUGAUGCACGCUGUCUUGGUGAUACUGCAAUUGUUUUCAAUUAUUUCAAACUGCUGGUUUUUUAAAUUAUUAUUAUUGUUACCUGCUCAGAAUCACAGUAGCAGGAUGGACGGAGAUAAGUUGUUAAAAUAAACUAUCAUUUACCUACCUUCUACAAUUUUCUUGGAGAAAGUGACGCCUAAAGGAAGGCAGCCCUCCCCUCCAAAAAGGACUUUAUGUGGUUAAUGUAGUUUCAUAGUCAAUAACAACCAAAGCAAUUCUACAUGCUGGUUAUUACCCAUAAAGCCCUUCAUGUUACAAAUCUGCAUGAUUGUGGGAUCAUGUAUCUCCCAAUUAUUUCUCCUCAUUUUAUUGGAUCUGACAGGGGGGAUAUGAUUCUGGGUCUCUUUAUAACGCAAAUGUCAACUCUGAAGUGAAUCUGGCUGAAGCCAUCUUUUGUUGCCUCAUAGUUGCCACAAACUCUGAGAGGGGGAAGAGAGUGGCAGAAGUAGAUAGACUGGCUAACAGUCAAAACAAAAUGUUUUCUUGUGGGAACCAAGGUCAUCUCAACAGGGGGCAGUUGAAGCAGGAGAGGAGUGACCAGGCAGCCUGCCAGCUACUUUCAUUGGACAAUGUGACUGGUGACAUCUGGGUGGGGGAAUAUUUGCUCUUUUAAUUGGGGGGAAACUGGGAACUUUUAGAGUUGGUUUUCACUGGCUGUGCUGAUAUGAUGUAUCCAAUAAACAUGUUCUUUGCGGAA